UCAGUCCUACCGACGCACCGACGCACCGACCCGCAGCUCGACACUCCGGUCCGACGGUGAAAACUUGGCACUUUUCCCGCCUUCACGAGUGAAUUUCCUCCUGAAAAUCAAAAUAAAAGCAACAGCUGGAGCCGAGCAGGACUUUUAUUUUGGAGGAGCGUGUUGUUCUUGUUAAUUGUCACACCUGAGCAGGAUGAGAAGAAACUGAACAGCUGCUCCCGGAGGCGGAGGAGUGUGUUUCUCGGGAUUACCGGACGCGGGAGCCGCUCCCGGAGGAUUAACAGCGGCUGAAGUUGCGGGAGACGCGGGAGAUGCGGGAGGACGCGGGGCGGACGGAGUGAAGCUGCCCGGUGCGCACUUUCCCUCCCCGGCUGGACUGAAGCGCGACAGUCCGCUCCUGCUGCUGGAGGACACUUCAUCACUGUCACUGUGCUGGAUGUAACAACUAAACCGUCUUCUUCUUCUUCUUCUUCUUCUUCUUCUUCUUCUUCUUCUUCUUCUUCUUCUUCUUCUUCUUCUUCUUUCUUCCAAUCACUUUUCCUCUCCGCGCGGAGUUUGUCGCUCAUGGAUCCGCCGCCGUGCGCCUCCUCUCCGGAUGGGCUCGGGCAGCUGUGAGCGGGGCGCGGUGGAGCGGUGAUGGUGUGACAGCGACACCAGAACCAACCCGCAGCUUUUAACGCAGGAGUUUCACAUCUGGUAUACUGGGCCAGUCAGCAGCAGGAUCAGGAUGAGAAGAUGGCUGGCUGUGUGUUUCCAAUGGGACCAGAGAGCUUUCAGCGCUUCACGCCGGACUCCCUGGCGGCCAUCGAGCAGCGCAUCUUGUCGGAGGAGGCCCGACGCAACAAACAAUACCAGGAGGACCUGGGCGAUGUGGUGCUCCCCCGGCCCCGGCCCGACCUGGAGGCAGGAAAACAGCUGCCGCGAAUCUUCGCCGACAUCCCGUCUCAUCUGGUGGGCGUUCCUCUGGAAGACAUCGACCCGUACUACUUCAAAGACAAGAGGACCUUCAUAGUCCUGAACAAAGGGAAGGCCAUCUUCCGUUUCAGUGCCACAUCAGCCCUCUACAUCUUCAGCCCUUUCCACCCCAUCCGCAGAAUCGCCAUCAAGAUCCUGGUCCACUCGUUAUUCAGUCUGUUCAUCAUGUGCACCAUCCUGACCAACUGUUGCUUCAUGGCCAUGUCGGAGCCGGCGUACUGGGCCAAAUACGUGGAGUAUACCUUCACAGGUAUCUACACGUUUGAGUCUCUCAUUAAGAUCUUGGCGAGGGGUUUCUGUGUGGGGCCCUUCACCUUCCUGAGGGACCCCUGGAACUGGCUCGACUUCAGCGUCAUCGUCAUGGCAUAUGUGACUGAGUUUGUGGACCUGGGUAAUGUGUCAGCCUUAAGGACGUUCAGGGUGCUGCGAGCGCUCAAAACCAUCUCUGUCAUCCCAGGCCUGAAGACCAUCGUCGGUGCUCUGAUCCAGUCGGUGAAGAAGCUCGCCGACGUGAUGAUCCUCACCGUCUUCUGUCUGAGCGUCUUCGCCCUCAUCGGCCUGCAGCUCUUCAUGGGGAACCUGCGGCAGAAGUGUGUCCGCAGCACGGCGCACUGCGUCAACGGCAGCCUGCCGACCAACACGUCCUUCUACUGCAACAACAAGACCUGGGCCUCCCUGAAGGACUUCAUCAACGACGAGGAUAACUUCUACAAGGUGGAGGGAGCCAAGGAUGCCUUAAUCUGUGGGAACGGCAGCGACGCAGGAAAGUGCCCUGAUGGGUUCGAGUGUCUGAAGGCGGGAAGGAACCCGAACUACGGCUACACCAGCUUCGACACCUUCGGCUGGGCCUUCCUGUCGCUGUUUCGCCUGAUGACACAGGACUACUGGGAGAAUCUCUACCACCAGACGCUGCGCUCUGCCGGUAAGACCUACAUGGUGUUUUUCGUGGUGGUGAUCUUCCUGGGCUCCUUCUACCUGGUCAACCUCAUCCUGGCUGUCGUCGCCAUGGCGUACGAAGAGCAGAACCAGGCGACCAUCGCCGAGGCCUGCCAGAAAGAGCGAGAGUUUCAGGUGGCGAUGGAGAGACUGAAGAAGGAGCAGCAGGUUGCCGCCCAGAAAGUUCUCGACUCGGACUCACUGAUGUCACCAGAACUCUCGCCGUUCGGUCUGCCACUGGACAGCAUGGAGGAACGUAGGCGGAGUCAAGCGCUGAUGGGCAUGGCUGACGUGGAGGCGAACCUAUCAGAGGAGAAGCUGCUGCAGGUGGACAUGACGGAUGGAGGGAAGCCCCUCCACCCUCUCCUCGCUCGCUCCUUCUCCACGAGGACACGGCGAAGCAGCCAGGUCUCCUCCAUCUUCAACUUCCGCCUGAGGAGCCGCGGCUCGGAGGGGGAGAUGGCUGACGACGAGUACAGCGUCCCGGGCGACGUGGUGGAGGGCGUCGGGGGUCGGACCUACAGCGGCGGGACCUUCAGUGGCAUCCUGCCCCACCCGUGGCCCAAACGACGACCAAGCACCUACAGCAACACCAGCAGGAGCUCCCAGGUAUUUUAUCCGACUCUGAACAUCAACGGGAAGCUGUUUGUCGCCAUGGACCAGAACGGGGUUUCCUCACCACCGCUGCAGGGGCAGCUGCCCGCCUGUACCAUGGAGAAGGUCAAGGAGGAGAGUGUCCCGACGUCCACCACGGAGCUCAGUACGAUGCUGUUGCCUCGCCCUUCGUCCACGCAGGGCUCAGAGCGGCGUGGGAGGGCGCUGAGCGCUGCCAGCUACCUCACUGACGCCAUGGAAGAACUGGAGGAGGCCCAUAAGAAGUGUCACCCGUGCUGGUACGCCUUCGCCGACCGUUACCUGGUGUGGGAGUGCAGCCCCUGCUGGCUGCGGGUGAAGGAGCUGGUGAAGAUCAUGGUGAUGGACCCCUUCCUGGAUCUGGCCAUCACCAUCUGCAUCGUCCUCAACACGCUCUUCAUGGCCAUGGAGCACUACCCCAUGACCGACGAGUUCAACGGCAUGCUGAGCAUCGGAAACCUGGUGUUCUCGGGGAUCUUCACCGCGGAGAUGUUGUUGAAGAUCAUCGCUCUGGAUCCGUACUACUACUUCCAGACGGGCUGGAACAUCUUCGACAGCAUCAUCGUCUGCCUCAGCCUCAUGGAGCUCGGCCUGUCCGACGUCGAGGGGCUCAGCGUGCUGCGCUCCUUCAGACUGCUUCGUGUAUUUAAGCUCGCCCGCUCCUGGCCGACCCUCAACACGCUCAUCAAGAUCAUCGGUAACUCCAUGGGCGCUCUGGGUAACCUGACGCUCGUCCUCGCCAUCAUCGUCUUCAUCUUCGCUGUGGUGGGCAUGCAGCUGUUUGGUAAAAACUACCAGGACUGUGUGUGUAAGAUCUCGAAGGACUGCGCUCUUCCUCGCUGGCACAUGAAGGACUUCUUCCACUCCUUCCUCAUCGUCUUCCGGGUGCUGUGCGGCGAGUGGAUCGAGACCAUGUGGGACUGCAUGGAGGUCGCGGGCCAGCCGCUCUGUAUCCUCGUCUUCAUGCUGGUCAUGGUCAUCGGAAACUUGGUGCUGUUGAACCUCUUCCUGGCUCUGCUCCUCAGCAGUUUCAGCUCUGACAACCUGUCGGCUCCGGACGACGACGGCGAGAUGAACAACCUGCAUAUCGCCAUCCACAGGAUCACCAGAGGCCUGGCCUGGUGCCGGCAGCAGGUGGUCGAUUUCUUCAAUGGGAACCUGAAGCGUCGUCGCCAGAAGAGAAAGGAGGCGAAGGCCAUGAUGAAGCUCAAACGGCUGAGUACCAUCCACACAGAGGCCAACGGAGCUGUCAUAGGACGUCACGUGGAGAAGUACGUGGUGCCGGAGGACGACAGCUACAUGACGAACCCCAACCUGACCAUCAGCGUCCCCAUCGCACCCGGGGAGUCGGACGUGGAGUUCCCCGAGGAGGAGGAGGAGGAGGAGGGGGAGGAGGAGCAGAGCGAGGCCUCUGAGGAAGAGGAGGAGAGGGAGGAGCAGAAAGACGACAUCAGCCUAUCAGAGGGCAGCACGGUGGACCUGAGGAAGCCUGGAGAGGAAGAGGACGAGUACUCAGAGAUGGCUGAAGAGGCCAUGGACCCGGACAACUGCUUCCCAGAGGUGUGCGUCAGCAGGUUUCAGUGCUGCGACAUCGACACGACCGUCGGUCUCGGUCAGAUCUGGUGGAGAACCAGGAAGACGUGUUACCAGAUCGUAGAGCACAGCUGGUUCGAGUCCUUCAUCAUCUUCAUGAUCCUCCUCAGCUCGGGAGCGCUGGCCUUCGAGGACAUCUACAUCGAGCAGAGGCGGGUGGUCAAGGUGGUGCUGGAGUACGCCGACAAGAUCUUCACCUACAUCUUCAUCCUGGAGAUGCUGCUCAAGUGGCUCGCGUACGGAUUCAAGAAGUACUUCACCAACUACUGGUGCUGGCUCGACUUCCUCAUCGUCGACGUCUCAUUGGUCAGUUUGGUGGCCAACACGUUGGGUUAUUCAGACUUUGCAGCCAUCAAGUCCCUGCGGACGCUGCGAGCCCUGCGGCCCCUCAGAGCCCUCUCCAGAUUUGAAGGCAUGAGGGUGGUCGUGAACGCUCUGAUCGGGGCGAUUCCCUCCAUCAUGAACGUGCUGCUGGUGUGUCUCAUCUUCUGGCUCAUCUUCAGCAUCAUGGGCGUCAACCUGUUCGCUGGCAAGUUCGGCCGCUGCGUCAACCGCACGGGCCACAUCUACGAGGCCGCCUUCAUCAACAACAAGUCGGAGUGCGAGGCGCUCAACGACACCACGCUCUUCUACUGGACCAAAGUCAAGGUCAACUUCGACAACGUGGGCGCCGGAUACCUCGCUCUGCUGCAAGUGGCAACCUUCAAAGGCUGGAUGGACAUCAUGUACGCAGCGGUGGAUUCACGAGCCGUGGAGGAGCAGCCUAUCAAAGAGAUCAAUCUGUACAUGUAUCUGUACUUCGUCAUCUUCAUCAUCUUCGGCUCCUUCUUCACCCUCAAUCUCUUCAUCGGCGUCAUCAUCGACAACUUCAACCAGCAGAAACGAAAGUUAGGAGGACAGGACAUCUUCAUGACGGAGGAGCAGAAGAAAUACUACAACGCCAUGAAGAAGCUGGGCUCCAAGAAACCUCAGAAGCCCAUCCCCCGACCUCUGAACUCGGUGCAGGGUUUCUUCUUCGACCUGUCGGGGAAGCAGGUGUUCGACAUCAUCAUCAUGGUGCUGAUCCUCUUCAACAUGAUCACCAUGAUGGUGGAGACGGACGAGCAGUCGCCUCAGAUGGAGUACAUCCUGAACAACAUCAACCUGGCCUUCAUCAUCGUCUUCACCAUCGAGUGCCUCAUCAAGAUCGUGGCGCUGCGAUAUUACUUCUUCACCGUCGGCUGGAACAUCUUCGACUUCGUCGUCGUCAUUCUCUCCAUCGUCGGAAUCGUCCUUGCUGACAUCAUCGAGAAGUACUUUGUGUCACCAACACUGUUCCGAGUGAUUCGACUGGCCCGUAUCGGACGGAUUCUGCGUCUCAUCAGAGGCGCUAAGGGCAUCCGGACGUUACUGUUCGCCCUCAUGAUGUCACUUCCUGCUCUCUUCAACAUCGGGCUCCUCCUCUUCCUGGUCAUGUUCAUCUACGCCAUCUUCGGCAUGGCCAACUUCGCCUACGUGAAGCGCCAGGCGGGGAUCGACGACAUGUUUAACUUUGAGACUUUUGGCAACAGCAUGAUCUGCUUGUUCCAGAUCACCACCUCUGCCGGCUGGGACAGUCUGCUCAGCCCCAUCCUCAACAACUCCCCCGAGGAGUGCAACCCCAACAUCCCCCACACUGGCACCACCGUCCGGGGGAACUGUGGGAACCCGUCAGUGGGCAUCACCUUCUUCGUCACCUACAUCAUCAUCUCCUUCCUGAUCGUGGUGAACAUGUACAUCGCCAUCAUCCUAGAGAACUUCAGCGUGGCCACGGAGGAGAGCACCGAGCCGCUGAGCGAGGACGACUUUGAGAUGUUCUACGAGGUUUGGGAGAAGUUUGACCCAGAGGCAACGCAGUUCAUCGAGUACGCCAAGCUGUCAGACUUUGCCGACUCGCUGUCGGAACCGCUGCGCAUCGCCAAGCCCAACAAGAUCAAACUGAUCUCCAUGGACCUGCCCAUGGUCAGUGGGGACAAGAUCCACUGCCUGGACAUCCUCUUUGCCUUCACAAAGCGUGUCCUGGGCGAGUCGGGCGAGAUGGACGCCCUCAAGCAGCAGAUGGAGGAGAAGUUCAUGAUGGCCAACCCAUCCAAGAUCUCCUAUGAGCCGAUCACAACGACUCUGAGGCGAAAACAGGAAGAGGUUUCGGCUACAGUGAUCCAGAGGUGCUACCGCAGGCACCUGGUCAGGCGGCAGAUGAAGGCCGCCUCCUACUUGUACCGGCAGAUCACCACACCUCGGCACGCCGGAAGUGAAGGUGAAGAGGGCGGUGAGGUAGUGUUCGGGGAGGAUGCGCCUGAGAAAGAAGGGCUGAUUGCCGCCAUGAUGAGGGAAAACUACGGUUCGAGUUUGUUGGGGAUAGAACGCUCUGAGACGAUUUCCUCCACCUCGUCCCCUCCGUCCUACGACAGCGUGACGCGAGCCACGUCAGAGAUCUUUCACCCGCUCGCUGCCAAGACAGACACGAUCACUGUCGACACUGCAGGCAGCGAACCGAGCGAACAGUCGCCGUCAAAGGUCGACUCUGACAGGCAGCAGAAAACGCUACCAUAGCAGGAACCAAAAAGCAAAAAAAAUUCAACAAAUGAGGAUGUCCUUGUUUUGGGUGAAGCCUGUUUGUUCUUUUGUUUACUGAAUGUACCAUAGCUGAGGAACGCUGAGACGGCGGCAGAGAAAAGCUAUGAUGGAGGGACUGCAAGAGGAGUCGAGUGAAGGAGCAAACAAAGUGGAAUAUUUACUACCUUUAAUGUUAUUUCCUGUUCCCUGUGGAGAUUCCUGGACUCAAGUCAACAGCGUUUUUGGAGUUUCUUAAAGGGGAGCAGAAAAACUGCAAUAACAGAGAGGGAAGCCCCGUCUGUCCAGUCAACUCUCGCCUUUGUUGGAGUGAAAGACAGAAGCGUAGAUCCCUUUGACCACUCGGGUCUCUGUUGUCGACCAGAGCCGACGGUUCAGAACACUGACUGACGUUUGACCUCAGCUACAGGAGGUCCGAGGGGUCAAAACUACUAUAUCAGAUGUAUCCAUCAUUUAUUGGCCUGGGGGGUUUGUGCCUUCCCACCGUUGAUCAAUAUUCUCAGAGUACGCCCGGCUGUAAGAGUGUUCCUGGAGGUGUUUCUCAACUCGUUAACAGUUGACGGCUUUCCGACCGACUGAGCGAGACUCGAGAGAGGAGGGAAAAUAAUGACAACGUGAUUUAAACAAAAUGUUUUCGUAGUAAAAGUAUAACUUUGUUGAUGUUACCAGUCUUUUAAUAGCGGUACGAUUAUUACUAUUUUUUAUAUUUUUUAGAGUAAGUUGAAGAAAAAAAAAUAAGCAGUGUCUCUCUUUCGACAUGCUUUGAGAAAGUGUCUGAACCACCACGUUGUGCUCGAUAAGAGGAGAGGGCGCAAACACGCAAACACCUGAGGAGCAACUUCACCUGUUUCUGUUGGCAGUUCUGAGUUUACAUGUGCGGUCACUUUACUGCACCUGGGCAAAGACGCGUAACAAAAAAGAGGCCCGGGAGGUUUUUAUUUUUCCUCUGAAAACCUUUCAGAUAACACCAAAAACUAAUACAAGUGCACAAUGAGAUUUUCUACACAGUCCCGGACUCUUCCAACAUGUGUUUUGCCCUGGUGGGGAACAUCCUCAUGUCCAUCCAUUUUUUUGAGGGGCUGUCGGGUGAUUUGUUGUAAAAGUCCAGAGAGUAAAGUAGAUUCUUUGAGCUUCAUUUCACGAACAAACCAAAAGAUUUUCCAGCUGCUGUACCACAUUUCAGGAGGAUAAAACUGGAGGAUCUUGGCUCGUAGACCAUCGAUCAGUUCUGAAUGAUUUGGCAGCAAUUAAGUGUUCAGAUAUGUUGUCAAAACUUCUGUUAGAUGAGAAUCAAUAAUUUGGUGCAAAAGUUCAGCAAGUGAUUUAUUUCUUAUUGUCUCAGAUUCAUAUCAUAAAACCCUGAAGACACCUCAAGUUGAUUUACCUUUUUCCAAAGCAGGAUUUAAUACAUAUUUAGUUAAAGGACCAGACUGAAGGUUUAGAUGAAUGUGGCAAAUAUAAAAAUGUGUAAAACAUGUAUGAUUGUGCAACAAUUCAUCAGUCUUUGAAAUGUGAGCGAUGUCCUCGUGUCUGAAUCACUCACAGCAACUUUUUAAUAUGAAGUUUUUCCUCCGUCAGAGGAUUUAAUGUUCGCUGUACGGACUUUUUCCACAAAUCACCCGCUGUCAUCAUCUCUCCGUCUGGUCAGAGUUCGGCUCGGCACUCGAGAGCUUGAACCAAAUUCUUCAAAGUUAAACCGGUUGAAGAUCUUUGAGGUCGACCAGCCCGACCGGAGUGCGACAAUCAACUCAGCACAUCGAGCGUCAGGAUUCCACCACGUUUAGUUUCAUUAGGAGUUCACACUGGUUUUGCUUCAGAUCAUCAGCGUCCUGGAAAAACCUUCGAAACACAAAAACGUGUCGCGGCAGCUGAGAGACAGCAGGUCAGAUUGUUUCUCCCGUUUUAAAUGUUGCAGCAGAUCAGGAGUCAGUUGUUGACACUGAUAUCUCCAGACUGCAGAUGUGAUGUCAUUUUUCAUUCUAACAGUCUGGAGCUUGUUCAGACUGAAUACUUCUGCAGGAGAUAUCUGCUAAUGUGUCGCUGCUCAGACAUCAGAUGAAUGUUGCUCCUGGACCAGACGUGACGUGUGAUCGUGACGCCAAAACUUUGUGGUUUGGAACAAACGACCAGAAAACUACGCACACAUAGGAGACGUUGUUCUUUCUGUUGGGAAAAAGUGUUUCUGAACCUAAACCAUCUUUUCCUAAACUUAACCAAGUAUUUCUGCUGCCAGCACAGAACCAAGAGCGUCAUCAGUAUGAUAAUAUGAGAGUUGUGUUCUCACCACAUUCAGCCACAGCAGCUCGAUCUGAAUUUGGACCUUAAAUCAAAAUCCACAACCUCUAAAAUAAGAUUCAACCACAAACGAUUCAUCAAGUCUCAAUCCUUAAAAACUUCUCCCAACAUGCAUCUGUUCACUAAACUGUCCUCUUUUAUUUUUCAGACAGUUUAUGAACUUAUCGUGAGCAGAUAAAAUCUAUUUUCAGCAUUUUUUCAGAUAAUCCAGCAGGUUUUUCUCUUAAUUAUUCAGACAAAGACACAGGGGAAUUUUCUCAACUGUAAAUAAACAAGUAGUCUCUUUUGAUACCAACACAAGCCACAGAGCUCUGACAUCACAUCCACAUGACUGGUCCUGGAACAGCAAUAAUUAAAUAAGUAAAUGAACAACAAACACUGAGGACAGGCUUCGUCUGCAUGUGGACAAAAUGUUCAAACUAUCUGGAUGAUUUGAAAAAGGUUUUUCCAGAGCGUCGGUGUGACGACGCCGAGAGCUUCUCUGCUUCCUGUUUCCACCAAAUGAUUUGAAGAGUUUCGUUCGAUCAAUUAAUUGGAAUUAGUUUUCUCAGUGACUUGAAUGUGCAGGUAAAGUCAAAGCACAUGUAAACUUUAGUGAACAGAUUAAGAAGUUUUCCGUGACAAAUGUUGGAUUCGGCAGAAAGCGUCUUAUUUUUCCACCUGAAGGAUAUCUGAGUGCGAAAGGAGACUCUUCAAAUCAAAACACAGCGUUAUUUAUUUAUUUAUUUAUUGACUUUGUUUUCUGGUCGAUUGCUUUAUUUUAUCCAGGAUUUGAUUUUUUCAUAUUUUUAUUUUUUGCACGUUUUAGCUGCGUCCUGGAGGAGGCCGAGCGAGGCCGAGCGAGGCGGCUCUUUAUCCAUUUUGCACAGAGAAACAAAUAAAAACAAACCGCGUCGAGCAAUAACGGUUUGCCGAGACCUUUUGAGUGAGUUCUCCGGUGACGCUUGACUUUCACAGGAGCUUUUUGUCACUGCGUGGAUCUGUGAAGAAACGCUGGGAGGAAAUGCACUUUAACACCUGGAGCAUCGGCUGAACUCUGACGAGUUUCCCGGCUGACAGUGUUAUCGUGGUUUGACGGACAGGAGCUGCUGUGAAGGAGCGUCGCCGCUCGUUUUUAUUACGAUGAAGUGUCAAAGUGUGUGUGUACAGCGUUCGUUCAGUCUGCUUUGAUCUCAAUAUUUGGAACAACCUCUCUCUCUCUGUCUCUGUUGUCGUGGUCACCCGAGGGAUCUUUACUAAACGCUUUACUAGACUAAUUUAAAAAAGGAAAAAGAAAAAAAAACAGUUUUACUGGCACCGUCUGGACUCUAUUUCUACUAGAUUCUAUUGAGAAUAGAUAACCAUAUUAACUAGGUAAAUACUUAAGACACUGCUGAACGCUGCUGCGAGGCGUAUUUCAGGUUGCAGUUGUGCUGAAGGGCUGUUUUCAGUAGCAAUAGACCCAGAGUGUGCCUGCUACAUACGAACCCCAACACUCCAAGCCAUGCUUUCCCAUUGGUUGAUUGAUAACGUGCUUGAUUGAUGGACUGGUUGAUGCUUUGAUUUCCUGACUGGCAGGUUGAGUGAUUAUUUGAUUGGUUUAACAUUUGGAUGGUUGAUUGAUGAAAUGAUUCUUUUUUUAAAAACUGAACGAGGUUCCCGGUGCGUCGCCGCCCCCCUCCGUCACCGCUGAGACUCUGAAGUUAUCAGACAAACGGCGCAGACUUGACUGGCUGAUUUAGUCCUACUUCAUAUUUUUAAACAGUCGAAAAAUGUUCAGAUUCACUGAAGUCUGCAGGGUGAAGAGAGGAGCAAUCUGUCCUGACAGCAGUUUCACAGAAGCCUCUUUUAUAACGAUGAUACUCGCAGUGGGAGUUUUAAUGUUGCAGUGCUGUGAGCAGUCGCUGCAACACCGACAGGUUUGUUGUGUCCAGCUGUCUUAAAGGAACAGUUCCUAUAAAACAGUUCAGUCAUCAUCUCCUCCCUAAAUGUUGAUGGAAAGUGGUCAAGAAAACAUUUCUGGAGCUUCACAGUAAAACAACGUUGCAUCAUCAGCGUACAGAAAUGCUGCCUUCCAAGUUUAAGACUCGCUCCUCUGACAUGCUAACUAAAGAAGCAGGGUCCGAAAACUUUUCCCAAACUGAUCUGAAAAGACUUUCAGCUUCUGAAAAAUAUCAAGUAAAACAUUUUGUGGAGCAGUGAAGUCUGGUGUGUUUUGGUUGUUUCUCUGUGGCUCUCUGGCUACUUCAGUUGUUAGGACUUUAUAUCAACAUGGAGGGAGGAGAGGAUGCUCAUUUGUUGGUGAACUGUUCCUUUAAUACAUCCACGCCACCACACAGUAACAGUGUUUGAAGUGAAGAGGAAUAAACCUGCACAAAGUCGCCCUCGCAGUGAACCUUCAGUGAAUCUGGACGUCAGACUCUGGUUUGCACUGAGCACAAAAAAUGCAGUGGAACAUUUCCGUUCAGUAUCAGGACAGCGAGCUGACGUAAAGCUCAGAGUUUGUUCACCUGAAUCUGUGUGAAACCGUCACCGAAGCAAGUAGAGCAACAAAACAAAGACCAACUGCGGCUCUGCGCACCUGAACGUCACUCUGUUCUGACUGUAUGAGCUGAAGAAACCUUCAGAGUAACUCCCAACAUGUCUGAGCAGGAGAGGAAAACUCCAGACGCAGAACAAAUCUGGAACUUUCUCUCCUGUUCAGGUGUGAAAAACUAAUCGUACGUAAAAAAAAA